AUGAUGGCGGCGGCGCUUGGGCCCCCAGAAGUGAUCGCUCAGCUGGAGAACGCGGCCAAAGUUCUAAUGGCACCACCUUCCAUGGUUAAUAAUGAACAACGCCAGCAUGCAGAGCACAUAUUCUUAUCAUUUAGGAAAUCAAAAUCACCAUUUGCGGUUUGCAAGCAUAUUUUGGAAACAAGUAAAGUGGACUAUGUCCUCUUUCAAGCUGCCACAGCCAUAAUGGAAGCAGUUGUCCGAGAGUGGAUUCUCUUGGAAAAAGGUAGCAUCGAGUCACUGCGAACAUUCCUUUUAACAUAUGUCUUACAAAGGCCUAACCUCCAAAAGUAUGUUCGGGAACAGAUUCUAUUAGCAGUAGCAGUAAUUGUAAAACGAGGAUCCUUAGAUAAAUCAAUUGACUGCAAAAGCAUUUUUCAUGAAGUCAGCCAGUUGAUAAGUAGUGGCAAUCCCACUGUGCAAACCCUGGCCUGUUCUAUUCUAACUGCACUAUUGAGUGAAUUCUCAAGUUCAAGUAAAACUAGCAACAUUGGACUCAGUAUGGAAUUCCAUGGUAACUGCAAAAGAGUUUUUCAGGAAGAAGACCUUCGUCAGAUCUUCAUGUUAACGGUUGAAGUUCUUCAGGAGUUCAGCAGGCGGGAAAACCUCAAUGCUCAGAUGUCUUCGGUAUUUCAGCGUUACCUUGCACUCGCCAAUCAAGUCUUGAGCUGGAACUUUCUUCCUCCAAAUUUGGGCAGACAUUAUAUAGCUAUGUUUGAAUCCUCACAAAAUGUGCUGUUAAAGCCAACAGAGUCCUGGCGGGAGACUCUUCUGGAUAGCAGAGUUAUGGAGCUGUUCUUCACAGUACAUCGAAAAAUCAGAGAAGAUUCAGAUAUGGCACAAGAUUCUCUUCAGUGCCUUGCCCAGUUAGCUUCUCUUCAUGGACCUAUCUUCCCCGAUGAAGGAUCACAAGUUGAUUAUCUAGCACACUUCAUUGAGGGAUUACUGAAUACUAUCAAUGGAAUUGAAAUAGAAGAUUCAGAAGCUGUGGGAAUCUCCAGCAUUAUCAGCAACCUGAUAACUGUGUUCCCUCGAAAUGUUUUAACUGCCAUUCCAAACGAACUUUUCUCGUCCUUUGUUAAUUGCCUCACACACCUCACUUGUUCUUUUGGGCGAAGUGCUGCAUUGGAAGAAGUGCUUGAUAAAGAUGACAUGGUAUACAUGGAAGCCUAUGACAAAUUGCUAGAAUCCUGGCUAACUUUGGUUCAAGACGACAAACAUUUCCAUAAAGGCUUUUUUACCCAGCACGCAGUUCAAGUUUUCAAUUCCUAUAUUCAGUGCCACCUUGCUGCUCCAGAUGGCACGAGGAAUUUGACUGCCAAUGGUGUGGCCUCUCGUGAGGAAGAAGAAAUAAGUGAACUUCAAGAGGAUGAUCGAGACCAGUUUUCAGAUCAACUAGCCAGUGUAGGAAUGCUAGGAAGAAUUGCUGCAGAACACUGUAUACCUCUUCUGACAAGUUUAUUAGAAGAAAGAGUAACAAGGCUCCAUGGUCAGUUACAACGACAUCAGCAGCAAUUACUUGCUUCACCUGGUUCAAGUACUAUUGACAACAAAAUGCUUGAUGAUCUGUAUGAAGAUAUUCACUGGCUUAUUUUAGUUACAGGCUACCUCUUAGCUGAUGAUACUCAGGGAGAGACUCCGCUAAUACCUCCAGAAAUAAUGGAAUAUUCCAUUAAGCAUUCAUCUGAAGUUGACAUUAAUACAACACUUCAAAUUUUGGGAUCUCCAGGAGAAAAGGCUUCUUCCAUCCCAGGGUACAACAGAACAGAUUCUGUGAUUAGGCUGUUAUCUGCCGUUCUAAGAGUUUCAGAAGUUGAAUCUCGAGCAAUAAGAGCAGAUCUCACUCAUCUACUAAGCCCUCAAAUGGGCAAAGAUAUUGUUUGGUUUCUAAAACGUUGGGCAAAGACUUAUCUCCUGGUGGAUGAGAAACUAUAUGAUCAGAUAAGUCUGCCAUUCAGUACAGCAUUUGGAGCAGAUACAGAAGGUUCUCAGUGGAUUAUUGGCUACCUCUUACAAAAAGUCAUCAGUAACCUCUCAGUGUGGAGUAGUGAGCAGGACCUUGCAAAUGACACUGUGCAGCUCCUUGUCACUUUGGUGGAAAGAAGAGAAAGGGCAAACUUAGUAAUUCAGUGUGAAAACUGGUGGAACUUAGCUAAGCAGUUUGCAAGCCGAAGCCCACCCCUGAAUUUCUUGUCAAGUCCUGUGCAGAGGACAUUAAUGAAGGCUCUUGUUUUGGGAGGUUUUGCACAUAUGGACACAGAAACCAAACAGCAGUAUUGGACAGAGGUUCUUCAGCCACUUCAGCAGCGAUUCUUAAGAGUGAUAAAUCAAGAAAACUUUCAGCAGAUGUGUCAGCAAGAGGAAGUCAAGCAGGAAAUCACCGCCACACUGGAGGCCCUGUGUGGCAUUGCUGAGGCUACCCAGAUUGAUAAUGUAGCGAUUCUUUUUAAUUUUUUGAUGGACUUCCUUACCAAUUGCAUUGGAUUGAUGGAAGUUUACAAAAAUACCCCAGAGACUGUCAAUCUCAUAAUAGAGGUUUUUGUUGAAGUUGCACAUAAACAGAUAUGCUAUCUUGGAGAGUCCAAAGCUAUGAACCUAUAUGAAGCUUGCCUUACUUUGCUGCAAGUAUAUUCUAAGAAUAACUUAGGGCGGCAAAGAAUAGAUGUUACAGCAGAGGAAGAGCAAUACCAAGACCUGCUUCUCAUUAUGGAACUUCUUACUAACCUUCUAUCAAAAGAAUUCAUAGAUUUCAGUGAUACAGAUGAAGUGUUCAGAGGACAUGAGCCAGGGCAAGCAGCAAACAGGUCUGUGUCCGCAGCUGAUGUUGUUUUAUAUGGAGUGAACCUAAUUCUGCCUCUGAUGUCACAAGAUCUUUUGAAGUUUCCAACCCUUUGUAAUCAGUACUACAAAUUAAUCACAUUUAUCUGUGAGAUUUUUCCUGAAAAAAUACCACAGCUUCCUGAAGAUCUUUUUAAAAGUCUGAUGUACUCUCUAGAACUAGGAAUGACAUCAAUGAGUUCGGAGGUUUGCCAGCUCUGCCUGGAAGCUUUAACACCAUUAGCUGAACAGUGUGCUAAAGCACAAGAAACAGAUUCACCACUUUUUCUAGCAACACGGCACUUUCUUAAGCUGGUUUUUGAUAUGCUGGUUUUGCAAAAGCACAACACAGAGAUGACCACUGCAGCCGGUGAAGCUUUCUACACGUUGGUGUGCUUGCAUCAGGCUGAAUAUUCUGAAUUGGUUGAAACAUUACUGUCAAGUCAACAAGACCCAGUUAUUUACCAGAGAUUAGCAGAUGCCUUCAACAAGCUUACUGCAAGCAGCACUCCUCCUACCCUGGAUCGGAAGCAGAAGAUGGCCUUCCUAAAGAGUUUAGAAGAAUUUAUGGCAAAUGUUGGUGGUCUCCUUUGUGUAAAAUAAACAACAAAACUUUAUGCUUAAUUUAGAUCUUUCUGCAAAGUGCACUGAAUUGCUAAAAGCUG